AUGCUGUGGAUAUUUCGAUAUUUUCUUGCCUGUGUUUCGGUCACCAGCCUUGUAACCGCUGAGGAUCAAUGCAGGAUAGAAAUUAACAUUCGUGGCAUGACUCUCAAAGGUUUCGUUUUCAAGAGAAUCACAGUAGCAGCUCCUCAUAUCUGUGAUAUCUUAUGUGAAAGGGAAAUCACCUGCCAGAGCUAUAAUUUCAACAGAAAAGAACAGAUCUGUGAAUUAAACAACCGCACAAAGGACGCAAGACCCGAGAAUUUCCGCUCGGAUCCAGCGUGGUUUUAUAUUCGUCGUUUGAACGGAAGAGGUAACUAUUCAGCCAAUAAUGUUGGAUAAUAAUUAUCAAUAUUUUGGUUAUACGCUCGACUUUGCUUACAGUCCUUGUUUUCUGAUCUCCUACGCUCAUCGGUAUUGAUUUUUCUAUCAUUUCUCAAUUCUAAUGAUGAACGAUAUUAGUUCUUUCCCUUUUCUUUGUAGUUGCUUUGUAGUUUCCCACCAAAAGCGUAGCUCCAAUUAGUGCCGAUAGACACACAACCCACAAUUUCUCCAUUCCCUCUGACGAAGGGCUAGCGCUCGAAACAUUUGUUUUGAAACUCUGGACAGUGGUCAACUUACGUUAUCAAGUCACUUGAUAGCACCAAAUUACCUUGUUAUACUCUCUCACCGACGCAGCACCACAGUUUCUUUAGAAACUUACCCCCUUUAUUCAGUUUAACUUUUAGUUAACUUCUUCACCCACAGAACAGCUUUGAUGCAUGUGUGAAAUAGUGAUAACAAAUUAUUUCUUUCUUUCUUCUUUAAAAUGAUACAAAAAGCUUAAGGUCUGGGAAGAAGAUAAAAAAAGCUGGUGGGUCUAAAGGAAAGGUUUAAAAGUGAGGGGGUCCCACUUCCCAAGAGAAGGGAGCUUGACAGAGCGUUUAAUUUAUCACAUUCAAAGGCGGAAAUUUAAGUGAAUGGGAUUAUAUCCUCAUUUUAAUUCUCUCGUAUUUUUCAAUCUCGGCUUUCGACUUGUGCACCUACAUAUAUUUAAUUUUCAACAUUUUUACCAUUACCAGCUCCCUUGGGUUCGAUUCCGGAGUUACCAGCGCGUUCAUGCCGAGAAAUAAAAGCAAGCGAAGGAAAAAACACUGAAAGCAACAAAUACUGGCUGGAUCCAUCUGGCACAGGGAAGGCAGUUUUGGUUUACUGUGAUAUGAAUUUGGAAGGUGAAUCAUCAUUACGUCACCCUUAGUUUCACUUUCUGUUUGAAUUGUAGAUUCUUUUAAUAGCGUCCCUGUUUCUUCAAAAAAAUCCCUACAGUCCUGAAAACAUAGCGUUGCGCAGUUUCGGCUUUAUAUAUUCAAUUUUUGUUUAUAAAAGAGCCAAAUAGGGCAAAAAUACACACAAAGGGACACGCUUAGAACAAAAUACACUUUCAUAAAAAUUUGACCGACAUCUUUAUUUCAAUAUUUUAGUUAUAAAGCAAUAGUCUAAUUUGUUCAGAGACAAUUGAGUCUUUUUCUGCAAGUUAUGCAGCCGUGAUUGUCAAUACAGUUCUAUGCAAGACUAUUUCUCUGCUAAACUAAUGUUUUUGAAACUUUUACUCCUUUCUCUUUCAAUCACCAACUAGAUCAUGAUGAAUGCCUCAAUGGAAACAAUGCCUGCGACGUCAAUGCAUACUGUACCAACACUGUGGGUUCCUAUUACUGUACCUGCAAGGAGGGAUACGCUGGCGAUGGACGCUCGUGUUCAGGUACAUUACAAUUAAUUUAGGCGAUGUUCAUGCGAAUAUCUUGAUGGCUUAUGUUUUCGGCUUACUGAGAGAGCAGUCGAAUGAGUUAUCGAAAUAAUAUACAUUUAUUCGGUUGGGGGAUGGGGUGGGGGAAGGGGGAGUGUAAUGAGUUUGGCGACAACUAAGAAAUGUUUUGCGACGGCUGAGAAAUGUUUUGCGACAACUGAGAAGAGUUUGGCUACAACUAAAAAGUGUUUAGUGACAAAUAAAAAUGUUUUGCGACAACUGAGAAGAAUUUGCUGACAACUAAGGAGGGUUUUGCUAAAACUGAGAAGUGUUUUGCCACAACUAAGAAGUGUUUUAAUUAGUUUUUAACUAAUAAAGGUUUGGCGACAACUAAGGAGAGUUUUGCGACAACUAAUUGCGUCAACUAAGGAGGGUUUGGCGACAAUUAAGGAGGGUUUGGUAGCAACUGAGCAGAGUUUGGCGGCAAUUAAGAAGGGUUUGGUAACAGCUGAGCAGAGUUUGGCAACAAUUAUGGAGGGUUUUGCGACAAGUUAGCAGUAUUCUUUGCCACUUAAGGAGAGUUUGGCGGAAACGGAGGAGAAUUUGGCGCAACUAAGGAGAGUUUUGCGACACUUACUAGACCAAAUGCAAAAAACUAUACUUACAACACAACACCGAAAAACACCUACUACACCCGAAAAAAACCUAUUAUACCGGACAACACUUUCUAUACCAAACUACACCGAAUUACACCAAACUUCGCGACACUAUACCAAAGUAGACCUACUACAACUAUUACACCAAACUACACCGAACUGUACCUACUACAUCAAACUACACCAAACUUCACUUACUACACCAAACGACGCCUAAUUGCAUCUACUACACGAAACCACACCAAACUACACCUAGUACACCUACUUCGGUACUUCUCCACUGCAUCAAGGAAAAAGUGUUGAUUUUUACCGUUGACGGUAUGGAACCUUGUUCUUCAUUAGUGACGGUUAUCAUUGAUUUAUUACCAAUUAGACGGAUAUACAUAUCCCUAACAAUAAACGCGCAUACAAACUGUCGCGCUAAGAACUCUCUUUCCACUGUUCAGAUAAAAAAUGGAACGAAACGGUCAGCUGCGAGCUGCUUGCUUGUAAUAUCUGGACGUCAAAUACAAGUGCAUGUUAGGUAAUUUCACAUAAAGAGAGAUAUAUUAUGUAUAUAUACACACACACACAUAUAUAUAUAUAUAUAAUCUCUCAAUGUACAUAAUCAGUAUUUGCGUCUCGUUUGUUAGGUAGUCUUCUGUCAUAUUCAGAGCAAUUUUAAUUUCUAAAAGAACGGGGAAUAUAUGACAACGAAAACACGAAAUUCCCCACAUUUACUUUAACGAUCCGACCACUGCUGUUUUUCUCUUUUGGCUGGUUGAAUUUGUUAAGGAGUGGAAACUUGAAGAGGCACCCAAAGGAAAUUUGCUUGCAAUUAGUCAGAAGCUUUUAAUAAGCACUUAAAGCUGAUAUAGCAUUGCUCCGGGUUUAUACUUGCGUUUAGUUUCAAAGACAGGUUCCGAAUCGAUCGAAGAAAGACUAUUUAAAGAAACAUAGCUGAGUCUAUCUGCUCGCAGUCCAAAACUUCUCCAACAUACACCGUUGAAUCUAAUAAGUGUGGUAAUCUUGCUUGAACAUAGAAUUCGUAUUCAUCUGCCAUGUUAUAGUUUGAGUUGUGUAGAAAGCUGACUUUCCCCAAGAGAAAUUCAAGAUGGAGGCUUCCCUAUCCCUCGCUCCAAAUGCCUUUUGGGUAAUUUUCAAGAAAACAGAAAACUGCUGUACAACAAAACAGUAGUUGUCUCUAGGACAAUAGAUGUACAUUGAGGAGAAAGAAAAGUAUGACAAGAGGGUUGAUGUGUAUUUCCAGCAAAAUGCCUGGAUGGAGGAAGAAAUCAACAUGCAAUGAGUCCAGGACACACAUUCCAGGAAUUGGGAAUGAUAAAGAGGAAAAAAGUUCUAUUUGCAGACAAUGCCAGCUUCCGAAUUCAAUAAUUCCGUGAAAAAAGCAGAAAUCAGAUCAACACUACAAUUUACAUGCUGCCUGAAAACCACAUUGAUAAGAUCCAGCCCAUUCAUGCAGGACGUGGUCAGGGGAUGAAAGGUAAAAUUGGUGCAGCAAUGGAAACAUGGCUGGAAGAGGAGAAAAAAUCUCGAUAAAUGGCAGGAUAGACUUUCAGCAAAGGACAAAACGAUCUUGAUAACCCAAUGGACUGGGGAGGUGUGGAGUGAGUUAAGUAAUGAUGGGACCUUUUUUCAGAGCAAUUGUGUGAGAAAACUGGCUGUUUGCGAAAGGCAGAUUGCUCUGAUGAUGUAAAGAUCUCACCCCAAGGUUUGGAAAAUUAUCAGAUUUAAAUGGAUCUGAUAAUUGGACUGGAAACUGAAUGCUGACAUCUUGCUCUCUCAGUUUGCUCGUAGGAUUGGGGACCAGUCAAUACUUACAUGGAAGAAGGGGAGGGGGAGGGAGGGGUGGCUGGUGCAUUUUGAAUUUGCUUGACUUUAACUGAGUCACGAGUUGUUUAUCACCAGAACUGUUACCCCUCCCCUAAUGUAAUAUUAUUAUUAUUAAUUAAUGCAGUUAAUGUUAGUUCCACCCACGAAUUAAUGAAAAAGUUGCGCUUGCACAUUGAUUUCAUCUAUGGGAAUCUAUGCAGUAUUUAAUUUUUAAAAACAAUUUUAAGAACACCUUAAGAACAUUUUCAGGUUGUUUUUGCAGAAAACACCCAAUGUAUAAGGACAAAAUCAGCCUGAACCCCCAAAGCACCUGUUCCUUUAAGUGGGUUUUUACUGUAUUUUCAGCAUGAGGGGACGCAAAUCGUCUGCACUGUAAGUACAUAUCAAGCUCUGUAGGUGAUUUAAUCCCAUUUUAAUCCCAUCCGAUCUCACAAUUUACGAAAACUUCAUUAUUCUUGUGAAAAAUGAUAGCCGUCUUAUUGAAACUUGAUGACAAGUAUAAGCCGGCAAAGAAAACAGUGCAAAAGCAAUUAUCUGUCACAUCGAUGUCAGCAGCAACAGGAUUAUGACACCUUACAGUCCCCAUACAUUUUCUUAGACUAAAAGUCUAAGAAAAUGUAGGGGACUCUCCGGGAUACUUACAGUACAGACGAUUUGCGUCCCCUCAUGGACAAAAGUAACUAUGACAAUUUCUUACCAGUAUCAUAACUUCUAUUUUUUUGUGUAUGUGUUUUACGAAGGAUUUACAGCUGUUUUUACAAAUCUUGGUAAGAGGGGAAUAAAGGGUCCAGACUCAGUUGGCAGUCACUACACAGGUCAGGAUCAUGACGGACAAGUCACAGUGUCCAGCGGUAUUCAACUGUGGACUGUGCCACUCACUGGUGAAUACAGAAUAGAAACAGUAGGAGCCUCAGGGGGGUACAGUAAGGACAGUGUCAUCAACGGAGGGAGAGGGGCGCGGAUGAUUGGAAACUUCAUGUUGACCAAAGGUGAGAACAUUAGUAUACUUGUUGGUCAAAGAGGAGAAAAAGCGUAUUCUAACAGAAAAACUGGCUCAGGUGGAGGAGGUACAUUUGUAAUAAGAGGAGAGAACAAGCCUUUGAUCAUAGCCGGAGGUGGAGGAGGAGUUGCAAAUAUGACAGAACAACAUUCGGGAUGUGAUGCGUCCAUAAACACAACAGGAAAUGCAGGGUAUAACUCGCCACCCCUGUCUGGAGGAAGUAACGGAGAAGGAGGACAAACUGAUAAACUGCACUCUGGUAGGUGAACAAUUUCUCCCUUAUGGAUACUGAAUUACUUUUUUUGCAUUCUACUGCCAUCCAUCAGUAUUUCAAACAAAGAGAUGGUACUUGUUGCUCAAAUUUGGAUUUUUUUCAGAAUUACUAAAAGCCAUGAUAUGUUAAGUUGCUAAUGUCAAUUGUAAAUCUCUUGAUUGUAGGUGGUGGUGGCGGCGGCUUCUACAGUAAUGGAGAAAACUCCAAGAUGUCUGAUGGAGGGGGAAAGGGAGGUAAAGGAUUUCUGAACGGAGGAGAGGGUGGAAUACAUCGGGGUGGGUUCGGAGGUGGGGGUGGAUGUCUUUACUAG